CCAUCUGUGGGGCAGUCAUCGAAUUGACAAAUAAUAUUGACGUUUCGCUUAAUUUCAUAACCUCACAGACGCGAACGGUUCAUGACCGGAACGCAAAACGGCGCCCAAACGAUGGUGAGCGAAUUCCAGGGGAUGAGUUUAAAGUCUGCGAACAUCUGCACAGUCCCCCAGAGGAAGCACGAUAUAUUCGGCGACAACAGAUGGGAAACUAUGCACGAGCGUUACGUGUCCGAGGCGCGCAACUCCGAGGCGGACGUCGUCUUCGUCGGCGAUUCCAUCGUGCAACAGCUGCAGCUGACGACGCUCUGGAACGAGAAGAUCAAUCCGUUGCACUGCCUCAACUUCGGAAUUGGAGGCGAUAGGGUCGAGAACGUCCUGUGGAGGCUGCUGAAUGGAGAGCUCGAGUUCGCCUGUACGCCGAAGGUGGUGGUGCUCUUCGUCGGCACUAACAACACCGACUGCACCGCCCAGCAGGUGUACGAGGGGAUUUGUCACUUAAUCGACGUCAUCUCCACCAAAUUGGGGGAUGUUAAAAUAGUACUUCCGACUCUUCUUCCGAGAGGACAGCAUCCGAGCGCCAACCGCGAGCGUAACAUGCUGGUGAACGAGCUGUGUAUGAACAAUUUCGAUUCGGUGUCCGUUAAUCCCAACGUGCACGUCGUCCCCAUCCACGAGGACAUCGUCCAGGGUGACGGAACAAUAUCCCAUCACCUAAUGCACGACUAUUUGCACUUAACCGACGAGGGGUAUAGUAAAGUGUUUGGCCCCGUGUAUGAGAAACUGGCCGCCUUAAUGAGCAACACAAUCUAGUUAAUUUUGUGCCCUUGGCAUUUGAGGACGUUUCCGGAAAUAUUAAAUGUUUCUAGUUUUUGUACUAAAUAAAGUAACAGAUGUCA